CUCGUGAACUGCGUCUCUCUCUCUCUCUCUCGCCUCCUUCCUCAUAUUACUAUAUAACCAAGAAAUGUUACAGCUUACAGACAAGGAGGAGGAGAGAGAGAGAGAGACUCUCUCAUUGGGUCUCUCAUCACGUUUUCAAAUUUGAAUGCCGUUUUAACCCUCACCAUCUCUUCGUUAGCCCGCGUCUUGCUCUCGCUCUCUUUGACCACCUCGGUCCCUUCCCCAGCAGUUCACCUCCAAUUUGACUAUAUUCAGUUCCAUUUUUAACCAACCAACCGCCUCUUACACCUUUCAUCAAACGAUUUCUCCACAUUCUCUCAACCAUGAACAAACAACCACAUAAGCUUGAAAAUAGCGACUUUGAAUCUGUCACAAGCAGCUUGCAAGAUCUUAGCUUCGCUAACAGUGUCAGUAUCAGCUUAUGUAGCAGCACCAUUUCUGGGUCUGAUAGUAUUAGCAGCAAUAUAAGCAAUGCGAGCAAUGAUGCUAGUGAAGCUAAAGUGUGUGAAAAGAGUGGUCUGUGCUUGGAUCCAAAUGAGACUAGUUUUAGGAGUUUUUGCCCUUCAAAACCCCACAAGGGAAAUGACAUUAGAUGGGAUGCAAUACAGUAUGUUAAAGCUAAAGACGGGAUUUUGGGGUUGGGCUUAGGCCAUUUUAGGUUAUUGAAGAAACUUGGGUGUGGAGAUAUAGGAAGUGUGUAUUUGGCUGAGUUGAGAGGGAUGGGUUGUUUGUUUGCAAUGAAAGUGAUGGAUAAAGGGAUGUUAGCUGGGAGAAAGAAGCUGUUGAGAGCUCAAACUGAGAGAGAGAUUAUGGGUUUGUUAGAUCAUCCAUUUUUGCCAACUCUCUAUUCUUACUUUGAGACGGAAAAAUUUUCUUGCUUGCUGAUGGAGUUUUGCAGCGGUGGGGAUCUUCACACGCUGCGACAACGGCAACCAGGCAAGCAUUUCACAGAACAGGCAGCGAGGUUUUAUGCUUCAGAAGUGCUUCUCGCACUCGAGUAUUUACACAUGAUGGGUGUUGUGUAUAGAGACUUGAAGCCUGAAAAUGUAUUGGUCAGGGAGGAUGGGCACAUUAUGCUUUCAGACUUUGAUUUGUCAUUAAGGUGCUAUGUGAGUCCUACUCUUGUUCAGUCUAGUGCCGAGCCGUCUUGUAAGAUCUCUUCAUACUGUAUCCAGCCAUCAUGCAUUGAUCCAGUCUGCAAAUUACCCGUUUGCAUAGAGCCUUCAUGCUUGCAACCAUCUUGCUUUAAACCAGGUUUCUUCAACUUCAAAACAGCAAAACUGAAAAGUGAAAGGCCAAAUUUGGCAAGUUCAGAUUCACUUCCUGUACUUAUAGCAGAACCAACUGCCGCUCGCUCCAUGUCAUUCGUCGGUACUCAUGAGUAUUUAGCUCCUGAGAUAAUAAGAGGUGAUGGACAUGGAAGUGCUGUUGAUUGGUGGACUUAUGGUAUCUUCUUGUAUGAGUUACUACUUGGUAGGACACCCUUCAAAGGGACUGGAAACAGAGAGACACUAUUCAAUGUUGUAGGUCAGCCCCUGAAAUUUCCUGAGGGAUCCUCUGUGAGUUAUGCUGCUAAGGACUUGAUCCGUGGUUUGCUUGUGAAGGACCCGCAGAAGCGAUUGGGGUUCAAAAGAGGCGCAACAGAGAUCAAACAACAUCCUUUUUUUGAAAGUGUUAAUUGGGCACUCAUUCGCAGUACUCAUCCUCCUGAUAUUCCAAGACCAGUUGAUCUUUCAUAUUUGAAUCACACAUUCAAGUCAUCAUUGGCUCCAAAUGACAAGGGAGCUACAGACUCAAAUAGAUCAUCAGGUCCCUAUCUAGAUUUUGAAUUUUUCUGAUGAAGGAUGGCAGAUAACGCGACUACUUGUUCUUGAGGCGGUUAGUUUACAUUGUCAUGUGUAUUCAUGUUCUCAAUGAAAUAUAAGAUUUUCA